UCCAAAAUUGCUAGGAAGUCAUAAAACAAACCAUUGCACACAGAAUACUUGCUUAACUUAGAGUUUAGAGUAGAGCACGCAGUUUAUUUACAAUAUUUUUUUGCGAAACAUAGCCGUAAUGGGGAUUAACCGGCAUUAUGACAUAAGAGUUCGAUUGACCAACAUAAAGACCGGCGGGAAAGGUGUUACGCUGUCACGUAUUCCAGUACAAUCCGAGCCGUACUACGAGUUAGUUUGGCACACUGCAUCGGCUUUCACGCGCGAAAAUAGAAAAGGGAAACAACGGGAGCGGACCCUUUCGUGGGGGCGUACCUAAAAAUACAAAUUCCGAACGAUACUUCUUAAAAUUUAAAUAUUAGUGCGUUUUGUUGAUGCAUGUGACACUUAAACAAUAGACAUUCAAAGUGUUGUGAAACUGUUGACUACAAAUUAGCAGUCAACGUCUUCGGUUGAGUUAGUUGUCGUUUUCUUCUUGAUUUAAUACGUGUCUGCAAUGGAGUGGAAUAAAAUAUUAUACACGGCUGGUCUACUAGUGAUAUUGUUAAGUUGUUGCGGUGAUGUAAAUACUCAAGACGCGGCAUUUGAACUGCCGGUGCAGUUAGUGGGUUUUCCAGUCAUCAUUUUGAGUGUGCGACUAACCAACUUUUUGAAGAAACUCUCAUAUUCUCUAAGUCCAGCCACAUACCGCUCGCGCAACCGCCGGCAGCUGGCCGCUGACACCGACCCCUUCGACGCGGCAGACGUGGAGAAGUACAUCGUGGGCGAAUUCGGCGCGCGAGUGUGCCUGUUCGAGCGAGUGUGCGCGCAUUACGCGGCGCGCGCGCAACGGGUCCCCAAGCCGCAGAUGGACUGGCCGGACGUCUUCAGUCACUAUAAGCGUUCGUCAGACCAGGCGAAGGACUUCUACCUGCUGAGCGUGUUCCUAGGCGACAUCGUGGGGUCCCCGCAGCUCUGCCACCAGCUCGGCAAGCGAAGGAGCUGUGAUGAAGGACUCUUGGAAGGUUCCUAGAUGCACUUCUAAGCUCUGAAUAUUAGGUACUUAUUGGUCGGUAUAAUAAAUUUAAAUAUAUAUAUUUAUAUUUGUUAUAAAGUAUUCUUGAAUAUGUAUUAUUUAAAAUAUGUUGUUAUACAAUUAUGAAUGUUAUUAUACCAGAUUUCCUACCUGAAACACAUACAGUUGUGUGGAAUAUAAUAGCAGUGCAUAAGAAAAUGAAAAUUAUGGGAAAACUAUAACUUUAGAUCAAUUAUAUUGGAU